AUGCAGAAGCUGGGGGGCGGCAGCGGGCAAAGUCCCUCCCAACUCUCGAGCUCGCUUUCUCUACAGGCAGAGCCGGCAUCCGUGAAAACGUUUGUUGCACGAGCUGUCGAGCUGCUUGCCAGCGCACGAGAAGACGGCGGAUUUUCUGGAACGCUGCGGUACUAUGACCUGCGACUGCUGUUGCAGCGGCUUGGCUGUGUCUGGGAUCUAGAGCGCCUGGACGACUGCUGGUAUGAUAUGGUGCGAGGCCGGCCGGCGUCUGUCGUGGAGGACAUGCCGUGGGCAGCGCAGUGCAUUUAUGAACACCUGCGCGGCGACCGUGUGGAGUUUCCUGCACGAACCCCGAGUACACAGUUGUGUGGAGACGUACGUGCGUUGACAUCGCAACGAGAUGAACCCGAUGACCUCGCUGCAGAGGCUGACGUUUCCCAACCCGAUCCGCUGCAUACACGGUCCUCACAACUGCAGGUGCCGAUGCCAACACACGACCCAGAGAAACAGCCAGAGAAGUCACAGGAGGCGGUUCCUUCGCGGCAGCAGCAGGGCCUUUCAGCAAAGAAGCGCCAUCCCACCAUAACACGAGAAACGCGUUUUGCAUCGCCAACCUUGUCGAGUGUGCGACGGGACCGUCCGACCUCCGUGCCAGCGCGGCGAAAACAGGCGGGGGAGGCUUCUCCCAGGCGCAGACGCACAUCGCCACUCAAUGCGGCAACCGCGGAGGUUUUCCGCCGGCUUAUAGAAGAUGCCGACAGAAGGCGAAGGCGGGCGUCGCCGCCGACGCCGACUUUGACGUUACCAGUGGCAGAAACACGAGGAGGAAUGGUGACGCCAGCCAAGGCGCAGACGGGGCCCGCGGAUCGGUUGCCCUCGGCGACGCGGAUUUCCCGGCACCCUUCACAGACGGGUCAGAACUGGAACAAACCGACAAAGUCCUACGUUGCAAAGCUAGCCCCUGAGCCGGCCUCUGUGGAUUGUCUGGAGGCUGCGGCACCCACUCCCUAUGUGGAGAGGCGGGAGCCACUUGGACCCUCAACGUACGUGCCAUCAGGUUACGUGGAGGCGGUGGCGCGGCUACGACGCUUCGCUGCAUCUCGAAACCAUCUUAAAUUUGUAGAUUCUUUGCGUGCCACAACGCCAGUUUCCGCCGCGACGGGAGCGGCAGUGGAACGGGCACCUAUCCUGCGGCUGCCCGUCUCUGACAGUGUUGAGGGAAGAACAUGUACCGUUGACGUCCGUCUGGCGGCGCCUGUUCGUUCCCACCGUCUUAUGGUUCCACAAGAUGUGCCGUAUGAUGACCCAUCGCGGGUGCUCAUUAAAAAUUUUCUCAGCGGAUGUCGUGUGAGGUCCGGUGGAUAG